GUGGCCCUCGUCUGAGCUCACAGCUCGUCCUUGUUUGGCCUCAGCUGCAUCAGAGCUCCACUUCUCCCCAGCUUCACCAGAGGAAACACCACGGCACAAAAUGCUUUUCCUCCCAGCUGCUGCUCUGUGCUGUCUGUGUUCAGCGCUGGUUGCCAUGGCAGCAGAGCUGAUGCAGGACCAGUUAUCAUUGACCAGGAGAGUUGGUGAAACAGUCUCCUUCAGCUGUGGAGGAACUCAGCAGUGUGACUACAACUCUUAUGUGUUCUGGUAUCAGAAGAAAGAGACAGAAACAUUCGGUCUGAUUCUGUACAUUGACAAAGAUAAUGGCAAAAUAGAGUCAGGUUUCAAUCAUCCUCAGAAAGAUGAUUUCACAGCUGUUAAUAAACAGAACGGCUGUGAGUUGAAGAUAAAGAACGUUAAACUCUCUCAUUCAGCCUCCUACUACUGCUCCUGUUAUAAGAGAGAUCCCCACAGAGGGUACCUCAUCUUUGGCUCUGGAACUAAACUGUAUGUAACAGAUGAGGCCGUAGUGAAGCCCGUGGUGAGCGUGUACCCAGCAGCACCCAGAGCCCACCCUGAGGGGAAGAGCUCCCUGCUGUGUCUGGCCUCAGCCAUGUCUCCUCCUCUGGUCCAGUUCUCCUGGAAAAGACAGAAGGAGGAUGGUCCUCUGGAGGAGCUGAAACCUGAUGAUGGAGAGCAGCUGGAGCUCAGAGAGUCGGGACGCACCGCCGCCAUCUUGCUGAUCCAUCAGCCAGAGAACAGCACAUAUAAAUACCGCUGCUGCGUCGAGCACGAGGGCGGCAAAGUGGAGGCCCAAACACAACAAGAGGUUCCAGCUCCAGCAGCCCCCUGUCCUCCAGAGAGAGAGCCAGCAGACCUGGCAGCUCUGCAGCAAGAUGACUUUGCAGUGGUUCCCCUGGAUCCUCUCCAGCCUCAGUGCAGGGUGAAGCUGCUCUGUCUGCUCUACACAGUGCUGAUAGUGAAGAGUCUGGUGUACUGCUGUGGACUCUCUCUGCUGAUGAUCCUCACAAACAAGGGACCGUCCAUCAACUGCACACAUGCUGACUGACUGUUUUCUGCUGGCCUUUUCUCACCAUCAAAUCUCAUCACUUCAUCUCAUUUAUCUCUUUGAUCACUGUUCACAAAUUUAAGCCAAAUGUAUCUUUAUAUUCACAGGUUAGAUACAGUCUGUCUACUAAUAAUAAAUACAUGGAGACAUACAUUAUAUUUUACUUGUCAAAUUUGCAUUUUUCAUUAUUUCUUUAUUUUGAUGCUGUAUUUUUUUCCACUUUUAAUUGUGGCUUGUGUAAUCAGCUGCUUGGCAGAUAUUUAUGUUAUUUUCUCCCCUUCUUGUUUCAUUUUAUAUCUCAUACAGGCCUAAGUUUUACUUUGACAAAAAUUAUUUCAGUUUUACUCUUUGAAUAAAAUGAAAAAUCACA